CGGCCGCGUGCGGAUGGCCAUGCACUAGGUUGGGCUCCCCUAUGCUCCGGGAGAGCGCCGGCCACCGCCUCAGGCCGCUGCCGCCGCCGCCUCUUCCUGCCGCCGCUCGCCGUGUCCGCGUCGGAGCCGGAGCCCGAGCCGCAGCCUGCCCCAGGCCUGGGCGUCGAGCAGCCGGCGGCGCGGCCAUGUGGGGCUAGUCCGCCCCGCGCACGCUGCAGCGGACCGGCAACAUGGAGGCAGCCGUCGGCGCGCCCGACGGCGUGGACCAGGGCGGCGUGGGGGCGCUGGAGGAUGCGACGCCCAUGGACGCCUAUCUGCGCAAACUGGGCUUGUAUCGGAAAUUGGUCGCCAAGGACGGGUCGUGCUUGUUCCGGGCUGUGGCCGAGCAGGUAUUGCACUCUCAAUCGCGACAUGUGGAAGUUAGAAUGGCCUGUAUUCACUACCUUCGAGAAAACAGAGAGAAAUUUGAAGCGUUUAUAGAAGGAUCAUUUGAAGAAUAUUUAAAACGUUUGGAAAACCCACAGGAAUGGGUAGGACAAGUGGAAAUAAGUGCCCUUUCUCUUAUGUACAGGAAAGAUUUUGUAAUAUAUCAGGAGCCAAAUGUUUCUCCUUCACAUGUAACUGAAAAUAAUUUUCCUGAGAAGGUGUUACUGUGUUUUUCAAAUGGAAAUCAUUAUGACAUUGUCUAUCCUAUAACGUAUAAAGAUAGUUCUGCUAUGUGUCAGUCUAUCCUUUAUGAACUGCUGUAUGAGAAGGUAUUUAAAACCGAUGUCAGUAAAAUCAUGAUGGGACUAGAAGCCUCUGAGGUGGCUGAUGGAAGCAACAGUGAGAUAUCAGAUUCUGAGGAUGACAGCUGCAAGAGUAACAUUACUGCUGCUACUGAUGUGAAUGGAUUUAAACCCUCAGGCAGUGAGAACCCUAAGAACAAUGGGAACUCAGCUGACCUUCCUUUGUCCAGAAAGGUUCUUAAGUCACUCAACCCAGCAGUCUAUAGAAAUGUGGAGUAUGAAAUUUGGUUGAAGUCUAAACAAGCUCAACAAAAACGUGAUUAUUCCAUUGCUGCUGGCUUACAAUAUGAAGUUGGAGAUAAAUGCCACCAGGUUAGAUUGGAUCAUAAUGGGAAAUUAUCUAAUGCAGACAUUCAUGGGGUUCACUCUGAGAAUGGACCAGUUUUGUCUGAAGACCUAGGGAAAAAACAUACACCGAAGAACCUCAAGCCACCUCCCCCAGAAAGCUGGAACACGGUGUCAGGAAAGAAGAUGAAAAAACCUAAUUCUGGGCAAAAUUUUCAUUCAGAUACGGAUUAUAGAGGGCCAAAGAAUCUAAACAAGCCAAUCAAAGCCCCAUCUGCACUACCUCCUCGACUACAGCAUCCUUCAUCGGGUGUAAGACAGCAUGUGUUCUCGGGUCAUUCUACAGGGUCCCAGUCUCAGAAAUCCUCCAGUGAGCAUAAGAGUCUGAGUAGGAUGCCUUCACAGAUCACGAGAAAACCUGACCGUGAAAGGGCUGAGGAUUUUGAUCACGUGAGUCGUGAAUCUUACUAUUUUGGCCUCUCCCCAGAAGAACGCAGAGAGAAGCAAGCUAUUGAAGAGUCUCGUUUACUCUAUGAGAUUCAGAACCGGGAUGAACAGGCUUUUCCAGCCCUUUCUAGUUCAUCAGUCAGUCAGUCACCUUCUCAUAAUAGCAACUCGUGUGUCCCGAGGAAGUCUUCACAUGCAAGGGACAGGAAGGGAAGCAUGCGGAGAGCAGAUGCGGAGGAACGAAAGGACAAAGACUCUCCACGUGGCCAUAGUCAUGUGGAUAAAAAACCCGAGCCAAGCACACUGGAGAUCAGCGAUGAUAAAUGUACAAGAGUUUCAUCACCAUCUAAGUCAAAGAAAGAGUCCCCAUCUCCUAUAGAACAAAAGCCAGCAGAACAUAUACCUUUGUCAAAUCCAGCUCCCCUUCUAGUUUCUCCAGAAGUACAUCUCACUCCUGCGGUGCCUUCUUUACCAGCCACUGUGCCAGCCUGGCCAAGUGAGCCUACAACUUUUGGACCAACAGGUAUCCCUGCUCAGAUUCCCAUGUUGUCAGUGACACAGACCACUGGACCUGAUGCUGCCGUGUCACCAGCGCAUUUAACACCCUCUCCGGUUCCUGUGUCAAUUCAGGCCGUUAACCAGCCCUUGAUGCCUUUGCCUCAGACAAUGAGCCUCUAUCAAGACCCCCUCUAUCCUGGGUUUCCGUGUAGUGAGAAGGGAGAUCGAGCCAUUGCACCACCUUAUUCACUGUGUCAGACCGGCGAGGACCUGCCUAAAGAUAAGAACAUUCUUCGGUUCUUCUUCAAUCUUGGUGUAAAGGCAUAUAGUUGUCCUAUGUGGGCCCCACAUUCUUACCUGUAUCCUCUGCACCAGGCAUACAUGGCAGCCUGCAGGAUGUACCCAAAGGUCCCUAUUCCUGUAUAUCCUCAGAAUACUUGGUUUCAAGAAGCCCCUCCUGCUCAGAGUGAAAGUGACUGUCCUUGCACUGAUGCCCACUACUCUAUGCACCCUGAGGCCAGUGUUAAUGGUCAGAUGCCACAGGCAGAGAUUGGACCGCCUGCAUUUUCUUCACCUCUGGUUAUCCCUCCAUCUCAGGUGUCUGAAGGUCAUGGUCAAUUGUCUUACCAACCUGAACUGGAGUCUGAGAACCCAGGGCAACUUAUUCAUGCUGAAUAUGAAGAGUCACUUAGUGGCAAGAACAUGUAUCCACAACAGUCCUUUGGGCCUAACCCAUUUUUAGGUCCUGUUCCCAUUGCACCUCCUUUCUUCCCUCAUGUUUGGUAUGGGUAUCCUUUUCAGGGAUUCGUAGAAAAUCCUGUAAUGAGGCAAAAUAUUGUCCUGCCCCCUGAUGAUAAAGGAGAGUUGGAUUUGCCUUUGGAAAAUCUAGAUCUGUCUAAAGAAUGUGAUUCUGUCUCAGCAGUAGAUGAGUUCCCAGAAGCCAGAGUUGAAGGUGCACAUUCUCUCUCGGAAGCAAGUGUGAGCAGCAAGCAUGAAGGCCGAGUGGAACAGUCAUCCCAGACACGAAAGGCAGACAUAGACUUGGCUUCAGGUUCUUCUGGAGUAGAAGGAAAGGCUCAUCCACCCACUCAGAUUCUAAACAGAGAGAGAGAAACUGUGUCUGCUGAACCUGAGCCUAAGAGGACCAUUCAAAGUCUGAAAGAAAAACCAGAGAAAGUAAAAGAUCCCAAGACUGCUGCUGAUGUGGUCAGCUCGGGGGCCAACUCUGUGGAUAGAUUGCAAAGACUAAAAGAAGAGAGUUCAGAAGAUGAAAAUGAAGUGUCUAAUAUUUUGAGAAGUGGCAGAUCCAAGCAAUUUUAUAAUCAAACUUACGGAAGCAGGAAGUACAAAAGUGAUUGGGGCUCUUCUGGUCGAGGUGGCUAUCAACAUGUGAGAGGAGAGGAGUCCUGGAAAGGGCAGCCCAACCGAAGCCGGGAUGAAGGUUAUCAGUACCAUCGACAUGUUAGAGGACGCCCAUACAGGGGAGAUAGGAGGAGAUCAGGGAUGGGAGAUGGCCACAGGGGACAACACACUUAACGGUUAGUUAUUGCUCAUGUUGUAGAGCUGUAGCCUUUUCUUAGGAAUAUUUCUGAAGGCUUUAAAAUCAUUACAAUAAAAACCCAAAUUGGAACUAUCUCCUCCCCUCCCCUUUACCCUUAAUUCCUAUUCUGAUGAGACUUUGAACAUGAGUUCAAGGGGCAGAUGAAUUUUUGGCAUUGUGGUUUUUCUUACUCAGAAUCUGUUUAUUGGGUUACUGACCCCAUAAAAAGUAAACGUGACUUUAAGUAUUUUUUUAUAAACAGCUCAAUAUAAAACAUAGACAGUGUUUGAUUUUUUUCCUUGUGUAAGUUUGAUUUAAAAACGUUGGAAAUGUGUACUUUUUAGUGUUUACUAAAGUGAUAAGAAAAUAAAGCAUUCAAUACACUAUAGAUUCCAAAACAUAACAUUGCACCAAAUAGAAAUGUAUAUUUUAUUAUGCAAUGCCUUAGUCAUAAACUGGGCUCAAACAAUCCUCAGCCUAAAACACUGUUGUCUUUUAAUAUGCUUCCAACCCAAAGGCCUUUCAUCUCAGUAUCUGUCAAACUUGAAUAACGUCUUCUCUUUACUAUUACACACGAGGCAGCCUAUUAACCUGUGUCUUAGAAUCGUUGUAUAUAGUUCUUUUAAUAUCCAUAGGGUAUAUUUUUGAAUUUUUUGGUGAGUAUUUGUUGAAUUUGAGAUAGCAUACAAUAGAUGUUUAAGAAAUAGUAGGAAGUCCGGUGAGACGGCUGUUUCCAUCAAGAACUCCUAGCACUGCUGUAAAUAUCAUGGUGCCUACUCGAAGGGAAUGUAGAUGCUAUGCAUUUUGGAAAUAAUCUGCAUCUGUUAAAACUGCAGAAGUUUUUUAAUGCCACUUUAACACUAAUGCACUGAUAGAUUCUAAAUAUUUUGUGAGAAAUGUUGAAAUGUUUAACCUGAUAGGCUUCUCUAUAAAAGAGUGUUUUGUUUUCUCCCUGCACCAUGAGCUGUGUUUAUCACUUUACAGUUGCAUGUUCUACUUGUCAUAGCUGGAAUUAUUGUAUUAAAAGAACAUGGUUGUGAUUCGUAGUUCUUCUCUAGAGGAUGCUGCUAGAACGUGGUUUUACUUUGCAUUUUGUAGCUCUUUCCCCGUCAGUGCUGUGUCCGGUCCUGCUUCUUCCAGUCCGCAGUACUCACUAGAGGCUCCUUCGCAUGUUGCACUCUGUUCUCAUUUGGAGAUUGGACUCUGACGAGUUAGCACAGUAUUCUCUCCUCUGUGGUACUUCGUAAAACUAACUGUACUUUGUAUUUCUUAUUUGUACAUAUCAGUGUGAGAAAUCUACCUUUUUUAUGUUGCAAUUACUUGUGAUCAGGCAGGCAGCUUGAGUGCUAUGCAAAUAGUAGGUAGUAUGGUGGUGAUUUUCUUUGCAUGUUGUGUGUGAUAUACCUAGCCAGAAAUAGAUGUGGCUUUUGUUUUGGGGGGCAAGUUACUUUUAAAAGCAAAUACAAUUCACUUGAAUUUGACAAACUGAAGCAGACAAGUUUUCUUGGUCCUCUGAUAACUUGGGAUGUUUGGCUGUCAGCUAGGCUCAGUGAAGCUGCACUGUACUGUAAUGAUGGUAUUUACCUCUGUGCUGUUUUAAUUACCCUCAUGUCUGUAACUGCUGAUUUGAGUAGUGAUUAGCAUUUAGAGAUUUUGUAAUGUAGGGCUUUAGAGAGCACUUUGAAAGAUAACAUUUUAUUAUGAUGGUGCUAGGUAAAAAAAUUUAUAGCAUGGGAUGUGAAGAAAAAAAUUGAGAACCCAUUGAAAGGAAUUUGUUGUCUGCUUCUAAGCUAGAGUGGUUGUAAAGGUUCCGCUCUGCUAGUGCUUCAGUAUCCGUGGCUGAAUUAUGGAUAAGAACUCUAGAGGGUCUUCUGUUUAUUUAGUCCCUGCUUUUUAUGUAGAAUUGGUUUUAUCUAAUAGUUUUAGUAUGGAAAUCGCCUUUUGAUAUAAUAAGCCAGAUUUUAGAAAUUUGAUGUUUGGUCUCAGGAGCUCAAAAGAAGUAGCUUUUUUCAGUGUCUUUUGUAUUACUGAUUUGGGAAAUGUUGAAAGAUUGGACAGGGAAGAAAGAAUAGCGCUUGUGUCCUCAUGAUCACUGUCUUACCUUAGUGACAGUCAGUACUUUAUAGCUCCUGAGGGAAACCAAUCAACUUCUGUUUUCCCACCUGACCUCCAGGGCAUGAUGGAUCAGUGAUCAAAGAAUUGUAGCCUGUGGUACUUUGUUUUUGACCCCUUGAAUAGAACUCUGACUUUUAUAGUUUUAAAAUGAUCAAUCUUUGUAUGAAGGUCAGUUUUGUUUCUUUAGGUAUCAGAGGAUUUUGCCUUAUCCUGAGGUCAGACUAGGGCCAAGCAAGCUUUUUCCUUCACAUGAACUGUCAUAUUGUAUUUUGACCUCUUUUUUCUACAGGAGAAAAGAAAGAGAAAAAUGACAGCUGGAAGUCCUUUGUAUUGGCACAUGAUAAAUCUUGAUGAUGGGCUAGAUUCUGAACAGAUGCUUCCACUGACCGAAGCUCAUGUGUUUAGUGUAGGUGCUGUAGUUGGAGUAGGCCCCACCUCUGCUCCUUUCAGUGUUGUUGCUGUUCAAGUUACUUCCUCUCAGACAUCCUCCAUUCUUGCCCCACACACUCGUUGGCAGCAGAAUGCUGGCAGCUUGUGACCCUCAUGUUGUUUCCUGUAAGUCUGUUUCAUGGCAGGGCUCAUACCUGCCUUAGCCUGACAGGAGUAGGUUUUCCGAAACCCACUGUGCUGAGACAGUUCAUGUGAUGCAAACUAUUUCUUGGAGUGUGGUGUUUUCUUUGGCCCAAGGGUAAACUAAGAUGCCUGUGAACUGCAAACUUGCUUAUGAUUGACUUGGUGCAAUACAGUUCCUUUCUAAACAGUUUCUGGUUUAGAGAAUACUCAGCCAUCCUGGAAACUAGCAAUAUUUAUUUUGCCUCGUUUAUUUUACCUUCAGUUUUCGAUGAAGUGAAGGUUUUCCUUCACUUAGGGUACUUAGCAAGGUCUAUUCUAGUGUAGCUGAAGAGGAAAGCUAUACUGUUUCUGUUUACUGUAUUUUGUUCCUUUUUUUAAAUGUCUAAUUGCUUUUUUAAAAUCUUCACAAUGGCUCACUUGAGCAUAUCAAUUUGAAAGAACUAAGAUUUUUUCCUACUUAAUGUCAGCCAUUGGCUCUCCCGAAAAUUGGGACUGUUUUUUGUUUUUGUUUUUGUUUCCCCUUUCCCUAAAAUUAUAAGUUUAGAGAAUCUUGUAAGAGUGGUGGGUGCAUGUCUUAAUGCUGAGAAGCAGCAGCUUUGGGGUUGAAUUUACUUGAAUGGUUUAAGAAAAAUUGCAUUGUUACAAAGCUAGAAAAAAUUUACGUAUGAAAAAUGAUCCUAGCCUUACACUGAGUACAGUAAUACUUAUAAGCAUGUGAAGAUGUGAUCCUUUGUGAUGUUACUUGUAAAAACAUAUAUACAUAUCUAUACAUAUCUUUUGAAGUGUUGAAAGGAAUAGUACUUUAUAUUCUUUAUCAUACCACUUUUGUAAGUGUUGAAUAUAUUGCUGUUUAUUUUUCUAUGUUCUGUUUCGUAGCCUUAAGACGUGUUUCAAACGAUCUGAAUGUAUAAAACAAGUCAAUGCCCUACAUGGUGUGAUGCUGCAUUAUAUAUACAACCGUGUGCAUAUAUUAAAUUCUGUCUGUCAAUUCUGCUUGGGAUUUUUUGGUCUUUGGGUAACCCAAUAUAUCACAUGUAAAUCUGAGGAUGAAUCUUAGUAAACUCUUGAAAAUGA